GCUGGAGUAAGUUGGUGUGACAGGCAGGAGCUUAAAUACCAGCCCAUGAGGAAGCUGAGCUGAUCUUAAUGAUAGGGCAGCCGCCGCGGCCACAGCGCAGAGGUAGUCGGAGGAGGUGGAGGAGCAGGAGCCCCAAGAACUCACAGGUGCUCCUGAGGAGUAAUUAAAUAGCUGUGAAGGAGAAACACCUCUGAGUUUUUACCUGUGAUCACAGUAGCACUGAGAGACAGUCUGGGAGCAAGGAGGAAAAGACUGGUUCCUCACACCAAGAGACAUCAAAGUUGAAAGUUUCAGGUUUUUUGUUUUUGUUUUUUUUUUCUUUUUUCCCCUCCUCUGUUUCAUUUUUCCCACGGUGUGUCACUACAAUGACCAGAAAGCCUGUGGUGGCCACCAUCCCCAAUGGAGGUUACCUGCAGGGGACUGUUAAAGGGGGGCUGCCUUCCCCGGGGGGCAAGGAGCCCCCUGGGCACGAGGCAGUGAUGCUGAAGAAGAAAAUCACUUUGCUGAGGGGCAUCUCCAUCAUCAUUGGCACCAUCAUUGGAUCGGGAAUCUUCAUCUCUCCCAAGGGCGUGCUCCAGAACACGGGCAGUGUGGGCAUGUCUCUGAUUGUCUGGACCGCCUGCGGGGUCCUGUCACUGUUUGGAGCCAUGUCCUAUGCUGAAUUGGGAACAAGUAUAAAGAAAUCUGGUGGUCAUUACACAUAUAUUCUGGAAGUCUUUGGCCCAUUACCAGCUUUUGUACGAGUUUGGGUGGAACUGCUCAUAAUCCGCCCUGCAAGCACUGCUGUGAUAUCGCUGGCAUUUGGACACUACUUCCUGGAACCGUUUUUCAUUCAUUGUGAAAUUCCUAAACUUGCAAUCCAGCUCAUUACAGCUGUGGGCUUAACUGCAGUGAUGGUCCUAAAUAGCAUGAGUGUCAGCUGGAGUGCCCGGAUCCAGAUUUUUCUAACCUUUUGCAAGCUCAUAGCAAUUCUGAUAAUUAUAGUCCCUGGAGUUAUGCAGCUAAUUAAAGGGCAAACACAACACUUUAAAGAUGCCUUUUCAGGAAGAGACGCCAGUAUCAUGGGCUUGCCACUGGCUUUCUAUUAUGGAAUGUAUGCAUAUGCUGGCUGGUUUUAUCUCAACUUUGUUACUGAAGAAGUAGAAAAUCCUGAAAAAAACAUCCCCCUUGCCAUAGGUAUAUCCAUGGCCAUCGUCACCAUCGGCUAUGUGCUAAUGAAUGUGGCCUACUUUACGACCAUUAGUGCUGAAGAGCUCUUGCUUUCAAAUGCAGUGGCAGUGACCUUUGCCGAGAGGCUCCUGGGAAAUUUCUCAUUAGCAGUUCCCAUCUGCGUCGCCCUCACCUGCUUUGGCUCCAUGAAUGGGGGUGUAUUUGCUGUCUCCAGGUUAUUCUAUGUUGCGUCUCGAGAGGGUCACCUUCCAGAAAUCCUCUCCAUGAUUCAUGUCCGCAAGCACACUCCUCUGCCAGCUGUUAUUGUUUUGUAUCCUCUGACGAUGGUGAUGCUCUUCUCUGGGGACCUCUACAGCCUUUUGAAUUUCCUCAGUUUUGCCAGGUGGUUUUUUAUUGGGCUAGCGGUGGCGGGGCUGAUUUAUCUUCGAUACAAACGCCCAGAUAUGCAUCGUCCUUUCAAGGUGCCGCUGUUUAUCCCAGCUUUGUUUUCCUUCACGUGCUUCUUCAUGGUUGCCCUCUCCCUCUACUCAGACCCCUUUAGUACGGGGAUUGGCUUCAUCCUCACACUGACUGGAGUCCCCGCAUACUAUCUCUUUAUUAUCUGGGACAAGAAGCCCAAGUGGUUUAGAAGACUGUCAGGAAAGAGAGGAGCCGUUUGCUUCCCGGAGCCCAUCAGCAAGCUGUCCUUCCUGUUUUAUCAGUAAGCAAAGCUGAGAGCAAAUAACAGAUGGAACUGUCCCUCGGUGGCGGCCCAGAACACUCAUGAAAUAUAGCACAAUCUUGCUCCGGCGCGCUACGCUUUUAACAGUGGAAGAUCAGAAGCAGGCGAGCUGUGGGCUAGGACGAAUGCCUGCCUCCGAUGAAACAUCCCUUUCUUCUCGCAAGAUUCCUGUAGCAGAUUGGACUUUGGCAGUCGAUCUUAGUGGCUUGAUAGAGUGUCAUUAGAGAAUGCAUCUGGAACAUUGUGUGGAAAAGGAACAAACCUCAGAAGAUUAAGAUGCAUCUAAGGCCUGGUCUGUACUCUUAAUGGGCGGUUAAAUUCCAGUUCCUUUACAUAGCCAUGAAAGACACCACAAAGCCAAAGAUGAAGCUUCCCAGACGCUGAAAUGGGGUCCUUGUUUACCAUCUGUCAUGAUCAUUUCGUCCUCCCGCAGUGUUUUGUUCUGCUUCCUAUAACUAGGUAUUUGUGGGGUUUUUGUGUGUGGGUGUGUGGGUAAAAUCUUCUGCAUCUGCUGUUUGUAUAAUCACACUGAAGGCUCUUACGAGGGCAGGCGAAGCUGGGUUUAGUAUAUACUUUUUUUUUUUUUUUCUCCUAAUGGAAAGAUCUAUCAGCCCAACUUCAGUGACUAUGAUGGAGCAGCUUUUUAGGCACUCGGAUAGGAAGUGGUCCUCAGUUCCACCAACCGACCCUCUAGUCACACCUAGUUCCCUGUGACUUUUCAUGGUAGCUUUUCUAAAGCUUUCCCACUCACCCAGGGCCCUGACCCUGCCUCAUGCCUUCAACAUUAAACACGGCCUUCAUCUCCAAGUCAUGUGAAAAGAACAAGGCUGUCUGAGAGAACUCUUUUAAUAAACAACCGCCGCCUGCCCGCUCCA